AAUGUCAAAAUAAUAACUUUUAUAUGUACAAGAGCACAGGAUUAUAAGGUUAGAGGUUAUUUCGGUAAGAAAGAUCGUAAUCAAGACCACUGUAUACCAACUUUAUAUAAAUAUAUAUAGUAUUAUAUGAUGGUUAGUACAAUUAUUUUUCUUAUAACAUCAACCAGUCCCCCCAAUAACUCACUCACCUUAAGAAGAUCACUCUCAGUUUCUCUAUUUCUUCCAUCUUUUCCCUAUUUACCUGUUUUCUGAAAGCAAGCUUAUACUUGGCAAUAAUGGGCAAUAAACGCAGAGCAGUGAUGAUUCUAGUGGUUAUUAUGAUGGUGUUCUCAUGGAGGAUGUGUGAAGCGGAAGGCUUACGAAGAUACUCAUCAUCAAGACCACAGAGAUUUUUCAAGGUGAGGAGACCAAAUCCACAUCAUCAUCAUCGUAAUCAAGGUUUCAUUUAUGAUGAUUACCCUCCAGAAAGUUUCUCAGGGUUUUUGCCCAAGACAUUACCAAUUCCACCUUCUGCUCCUUCCAAGAAACACAACGUCUACGGUUUACAGAGAAUUAAUUAUUGCAAUCGCUGAUUGCCAAAUUCCAUCGAGAAACCAAACUCAAGGUCGAGCUAUUUUUGGACGCACGCCUACUUAUUUUAACCCUACUUGUAUCAUAGUUUGGAGAAUAUGUACCCUAUAUAUAUGAUGAACUCAUGAUUGAAUAAUUUGUAUUAAUGCAUCAUGUUGAUGUACUUCUUUGUUCUCUCUAUCACAAAACACUAGUAUGUUUUUUUUUGUU